AUGCGCUUCUCUGAAAUCUUCGCUGUUGGUGUGGUGGCGCCCCUUGUGGCUGCUCAUGGUGGAAUUCCAGGAGCGCCUAAGGUUUUCGGUCUACCCAGGGACUUGGAAGCCGACUUCAAACCUCCUGUCGCUGCCCGCGUGCUUCGACACCCUGCUGAGCCCAGGGGCGGCUUGUUGGAGACCCGCCAAGGUGGUCAGAACGGUCGUUGUGGACCCAGCUUCGGCAACGCCAAGUGUGCUGAGGGAUACUGCUGCUCGGGUUCAGGAUACUGCGGAACGACAAAGGAUCAUUGUUCAGCCCCUGACUGCUUGAUUAACUUUGGCCCAGCUUGCGAUGCCAACAAGACACCUGCUGGAGCUAGCACACGCAACGAUGCCCGUCCUCAGAAGGGUAGUGUUGCAUACGGAGGCAGCGGUGUUUACGCUUGCAAGAAGGCUGGGACAGUCGCCAUCACCUACGAUGAUGGCCCAUACAUCUACACCGACCGCGUCCUCGACCAGUUCGCCACGUAUGGCUUCAAGGCCACCUUUUUCGUCACCGGUAUCAACCUGGGCAAGGGCGCCAUCGACAGCACAGCGCAAUGGUCCAAUGUGAUCAAGCGCAUGGUCGCCGAGGGCCACCAAGUGGCAUCCCACACAUGGUCUCACCAGGAUCUUAGCGACAUCACUGAUGCGCAGCGCUACGAUCAGAUGGUCAGGAACGAGAUGGCUAUCCGCAACAUCAUCGGAAAGUACCCCACGUACAUGCGUCCUCCCUACUCAUCGUGCAACACGGCUUGCCAGAAUGUGAUGAGGAACUUGGGUUACGUUAUCAGCUACUUUGACUUGGACACGGAUGAUUACAACCAGCUAUCCAACAUCCAAGUCGCCAAGGACAACUUCAAGAGGAUUCUCGACUCUACUAACGGCGGGCCAACCUUAGGCUCCCGCCUCGCUAUUGCCCAUGACAUCCAUGAGCAAACCGCUCUCAGCCUCACAGGUUACAUGCUCCAGUACCUCAAAUCAAAGGGCUACCGCGGUGUAACCAUGGGCGAGUGCAUGGGCGAGCCUGAGGCAAACUGGUACCGUACUUCCGGUGGUGGAGGCUCUACUCCUCCCCCUACUCCUUCCGGGGGCGGCGGCGGCGGCAGCGGCACUACCCCCGUUUCCACUGACGGAACUUGCGGUUCAGGCAAGGGAACGUGCGCUGGAUCUACUUUCGGCGACUGCUGCUCGCAAUACGGAUGGUGCGGAUCAUCUGCCGGUCACUGCGGCACCGGUUGCAACUCUGCCUUCGGCACUUGCACUGGUGGCUCAACUACCCCAGCACCACCCCCUCCGGCUCCUACUACAAAUGUUUCUAAGAUACAUGCUUAA